AUGUGGAAUAUCUGCAGUACUCUCCUACUGCCCUCGCUCCUGAUCGGAGCGAGAGCUGCAAAAAUUCAAGCGCCUGCAACUAGCUUCUCACAGAACAUAGAGAUUGUCCGAAACCCGGUCUAUCCACUCGAUGACGUCGAUAAGCUGGAAGAGGCUACGAUGCCCAAGGUUGAUGAAUGGCUGAAUAAGAAGAUGUCGAAUGGAAGUAACAAUGGCUGUACUAUGAAAAACGCAAUUGUACGCAGAGAGUGGAGCGAUAUGUCUGAGUCGCACAGACAAGAUUACGUCGCUGCUGUGACGUGCUUGAUGAAACUACCUACCACUGUAAACCUCACCAGGUUUCCAGGAGCUCUCAGCCGAUAUGAUGACUUUGUCGCGUAUCAUAUGACACACGCAAUGCAACUUCAUGACAACCUCCACCUCUUCGGCGCUCACAAGUAUUUUGUCUGGCUUUUCGAGAAAGCCCUUCGUGACGAGUGUGGUUACACUGGUUACCAGCCGUAUAUGAAUUACGACCGCUAUGCGAGUGACCCGUUUAAUUCUCCAUUGCUCAACGGCAACGCGUCUAGCUUGGGAGGAAAUGGUGUCUUGGAACCCACGUACAAGGGUAUUCCGCAGCCUGGACGAACUCCCAACAUCAUCAAGUCGAAUGGUGGUGGAGGCUGCGUCAAGGAGGGGCCGUUCUCGGACAUGAUCGUUAGCUUAGGACCGACCUCGACGUCGACCGGAACCAACCUCCCCAAGAACCCAAGAGCCGAUGGCACAGGGCCAAAUCCGCGAUGCUUACGUCGCGAUAUAAACAAGGAUGCGUUAAUGGGGGCUACGGCAGACCGUGUCUUCAAUCUGAUCACCAAGAGCCAGGACAUCAAUAGCUUUUACAACACCUUGCUCGGGAUGCCGCCGCCAAAGAAUGACUCGUAUCCCUGGGGGGUUCACACGGCAGGUCAUUAUGUUGCCGCAGUUGACCCAGGUGGUGAUCCCAUGACUUCACCCGGCGACCCUCUUUUCUACUUCCAUCACACGUCCUUGGAUCGCAUCUGGUGGAUCUGGCAAAUGCAGGAUGUGAACAACCGUUUGUACGCCUUGCCUAACGGCACUAUGCCCAUGAGGCGUCGACAGGGAACGGAUCCUCAAGACGUUAUUGUCGACAUGGAAUGGCUGGGCCCACCGAUCAAGCUCUUCGAGACGCAUGACCAGCUGGGUGGAAACGGGGGGGCUUUCUGCUAUGUUUAUGUUUAA